AUGGAUAAAUCGCCGCCGCCGAAAAAAACGACGAUGAAGAAAGGAAAAAUGACACCGAAAAAAGGAUCGAAAGAAUCAAUGAGAAAAAAGGAAAAAACAAGUACGACACCAAAUAAAUGUGGAAGUAAAGAGUCUUUGAGAAAAGGUGGAAGUCGAGAAGCUUUGAGAAAAGGAGGAAGUAAAGAAACUGUAAGAAAAGGAAGUAGAGAAAUUGUGAAAAAAGCUAGUAAAGAAACAUUGACUGUUGAUAAAGGAUGGGUUUAUGAUGAAGGAGCAAAGAGUUUUGUUAAGAAUAAUACAUUUGGUGAGUUUUGGGGUCGCCACGUCAUUUUUAUAAUUUUUGGAGCAUCGGUUACGGGUUCAAGAUUUCAAUUCUUAAUCCCGAAAUCGCAAUGCUCUUUCAAAUUGCAAAAAUUGUCCAAAUGUUUCAAUUUUGAAACAGUAGAUUUUUACUAAAAAUGUAAAUAUUACCACAACCACUCAGAAAUUGUUUUAAAAUUUAAACGAAUCUUUUGAAACAGUAAAAUUUUUGAAAAAAAAAUAUUCCUCAACUCAACUCCAUAAAUACCAACAACUCAAAGUUAAUCCACAUUUUAUCACGAAGUUUUGAAACAAUGGAUUUUUCUCAUUAAUUUUUUCCUAGAUCUAUCUGCAAUCCGCACCGAAUUCUCAUCCGAUUCAACAAUUCGUCCAUCUCCUCAAGAUUGUCUUGCAUUUUAUCAACAUCUCAAGAAAAACCGUCAACCACAAGCUUUGCUUUCCGAAACAACAAGAAUCAAGAUUCAUAAUCCAUCUGGCGCAUAUUUCAACGCUGCCAAAAUAUCGAAUCUCGCCGAACCGAAUCGAACUAUUUUGAUUGGACAAGUUCCUGAUCAACAAGAUUUGGAAAUGUUUUGGAGAAUGAUUUAUGAUGUGAGCAUGGUUUUGGGAGAGAUUUUGAAUUUUUGAAUUUCUUCAAAUUUGACUCAAAAAAUUUACUGUUUCAGAAAUUAUUCAUUUUUUCUAAAUUUUUGCAGUGAAGUUUCUAUAAAAUUCAAAUUAGGAAUAAAAACUCAAUACAAAAAUUCAAAAUCCAAUAUUUGCAGGAAGGAAUCACAAGUUUAUUCAUCUCAACAUCUUCAAAAAUAGUUUUGAAUGGAUAUAUUCCAGUUGCUCUUGGAGCAUUUGCUCAAAUCGGAAAAAUGUUGUUGAGCAACAAAAAAGUGGAUAUUUUGGGAAAAGAAAUACUUUGUAUGACAAUUGAAUUAUUGCCAGAUGGAUGUUCGAAUUCGAAUUUAGUACAAGUUUAUCAUAUUCAAAAUUGGGCACAAUUCAAAAUUCCGAAUAAUUUGACAGAUUUAAUUGCAAUUUGUGAGAAAAUGUUGAUGAAACCAAGUGAUGGAAUUAUGUUUUGUAGUUGGUUUGGAUUAGGAAGAAGUGGCAUUUUACUUAUGAUUUAUUGUAUUAUGUCACAUAUUUCUAAAAAUAUUGAAUGCAAGGUAAAUUCUUUUGAAACAAAAAUAUAUGUUAACUGAAAAAUUUUCCUAGGUUCCUGAUCUUUUCUCAAAACUUCGUGGCCAACGUUUUGGAAUUGUUGAAAAUGUUGAUCAAUACGUGGCAAUUUAUCAAUCAAUUUGUUGUUGGAUUCGAGCAAAUUCGAAAGAUUCGGAUAUUUUGAAAGCUAUUGAAGCUAUUCCACAACCACCUUCUUCUUGA